AUGGCUGCAGCCCAGCAAGCUGUCUCGUUCAACGAAAUCAUCCAAACAAGUCGCCAGAAGAAAAAGAAUGAAGAGCUCGCAAACAAAAUACUUGGCAAGAAUAGGAGGGCGAGCGCGCCUGGUUCGGGGGUUGGGAAACCACAGAAUGCUACGCCAGGAAGUCUUGCGAGCAGGGUCGGUGUGACAAAGCGCUCCUCAUCUGCCAAUCUCGGAUCCAAGAACAACAGUAGAGGCUCCUCCGCGGCCGGACCAAACACAGCACCACCACCUUCGAAACCAGCACGCCGACGUCGCCCUGACGAGGCUCGCCUCAUGUCAGCUCUUAACCCCGCAAACGGCCAGGCUACGGUGCGCAAUACAACUGGAGGAAUUAGCAUCAAGGGGACGGGGUCAGAAUCGUUCGUUGUGGUCGGAAAGAACUUCGCCCCCGGAACCACGGCAGCGGACAUUCAAUCCGCCAUUGAGCCCGUCUCGGGAAAGAUUGUCAGUUGCUGGGUUACGUCUCACCAACCUACGGUGACGGCGGAGAUCACCUUCCAAGAAAAGUCGUCAGCUGAGAAAGCUGUGGCUAAUUUUCAUAACCAGAGGGCAGACGGAAGGCUUCUUUCAAUACAGCUCAAAUCCUCGACGAACCGCGACGUUCUCGACCGCCCUUCGACCUCUUUUAACCAGCAACGAGAACAGACGGAUCGCGAGCGACGGUCGCAACGGAUAGCAGACCUGGCCGUUCAAGACGGCAGCUUUGGAUUCGACGAGCAGAGCAACCAAUCUUAUAACUCCAGAAACAGCGGUCGUGGCCGCAACCAAAGAGGCUCUCGGGGCAGAAGGAACUUUGGUGCGGGUGAUCGGAAGUCAAAUCAAGCUUCACAGGAAACAGGACUCUACAGCGACGAGAUGAUGGUGGAUGCUCCUCCAACACACCCAAGGGGCAGAGGAAAUCGGCGUCAAUAA